AUGAGAAGAUUGAUGUGUCAUUGCAACCAGAUAAAGGUUCUCUUUAUCUUUUUAACACUGACACUACUAUGUGUUUUUAUUUUUCGGGAAGCAAGAGUGUCUGAGAGGCCACGGUUCAUAGUAAAAUAUGGCAUUAACUGCUCAGCAAUAUAUGACAUGGAACCAGUGGAAGUGGGCAAAUCAUUAGUUGCCCGAAAAAAUGAAUAUGUGGGGCCAACUGACAUGAAUAUUUUAAAUGCCACCUCUGAUUGUGAUUGGUUUAUAGCGUCAAAGGGUUAUAAUGCGGUACAAGGGUCUGAAUUUGAACGUGAAUUUCCUCUGGCUUACUCUUUGGUCGUUCACAAGAAUGCAGAUCUUGUGGAGAGGUUGCUAAGGGCCAUUUAUAUGCCACAUAAUGUUUAUUGCAUACAUUAUGACCUGAAGUCUUCAGAUGACUUUAUUUCAGCGAUGCAAGGUCUGGCCCGCUGCAUCCCUAACGUCUUCAUUGCCUCAAAACUGGAGAGGGUGCAGUAUGCAGGCAUCUCACGCCUCAAAGCAGAUCUCAAUUGUCUGUCUGAUCUCCUGGAGUCUGAGGUGAAGUGGAAGUAUGUCAUCAAUCUGUGUGGUCAGGACUUUCCACUGCGGACGAAUGCUGAACUAGUGUCAGAUCUAAAGAAGCUUAAUGGCACGAACAUGGUGGAGACCAGACAGCCUGGUACGAAGACUUGGCGCUGGAGAUUUCGCAAAGCCCUGAAGAAUAACAUAUCUGAAUACUAUGAAUCACCUAAAAACCUUUCUGAGGAGAAAUCCCCACCACCUCAUAACAUAGAAAUGUUUGUGGGCAGUGCAUAUUUUACAAUCUCACGAGAAUUUGCCAUUUUUGUUCAGUUGAGUUCUUUAGCCAGACGUUUUUUAGCUUGGUCUGAGGACACAUACUCACCUGAUGAACAUUUUUGGGCAACUCUUGUUCGUGUGCCUGGAGUACCAGGAGAGGUGCCAAGAUCUGACCCUGAUAUCACCGAACUGAUAAGUAAAACGCGUCUGGUGAAGUGGCUUGGUUUUGAAAAUAUUCAUUACCCACCAUGCACUGGAGUCUAUCAAAGGGAAGUGUGUAUUUUUGGUGCUGCUGAGCUCAGAUGGCUUCUUGAUUAUGGUCACUGGUUUGUUAACAAAGUGGACCCAAAGGUGGAUCCUAUUCUUAUUGAAUGUUUAGAGGAGAAGCUUUUGGAAAAACAAUUGAUGUCAAAACAACAGUCAAAUCUUUUGGGACAGACAAGGGGUUGCUCCACACUUUGA